GACAGAACGGCUCUCUAACGGCCGCGCAGAACGUGCCGCCAGAAGUAGUCCGUCCGCCGCCGAAUUCUCCGAGGAACGAGGAUAAGAGCGAAGGAACGAAGUGACAAGCAAGUUUCUUCCCACCCUGUGUGCGCGUGCGAGUGCGAUACGUGGGAAAACAACGACGUAAGAGAAGGCACGUAAGACCUUCCGAGAGGAGCGAGAGAGGGAGAGAGACGGAUAUUGGAGGAGAGAAGGAAAGAGAGGGACAGAGACAGAGGAAGAGAAGGAAACAAAUCCAUAGAUCCCGCUGAGUGGAAAUAAGAAUCGAAGAUGCCGAAGCCGAAGCCGCAAGAAGGAGAGGAUCCCGAUCCAACCCCCUAUCUCUUCGUCUCCCUUGAGCAGAAGAGAAUCGAUCAGACGAAACCUUACGACGCGAAAAAGGCAUGCUGGGUACCGGACGAGAAAGAGGGCUACGUUCUUGGCGAGAUCAAGGCGACCAAGGGUGAUGUCGUUUCCGUUGGCUUACCUGGCGGCGAGACCAAGGACUUCAAAAAGGACCAAUUGCAACAAGUAAACCCACCGAAAUAUGAGAAAUGCGAGGAUAUGUCGAAUUUAACUUAUCUCAACGAUGCUUCGGUCCUGCACAAUUUGAAGCAACGUUACUACGCCAAACUUAUUUACACCUACUCUGGCCUCUUCUGUGUAGCUAUUAACCCCUACAAAAGAUUCCCCGUAUACACCCAAAGAUGCGCGAAACUUUAUCGAGGCAAAAGGCGUAACGAGGUGCCGCCUCACAUUUUCGCCAUUUCCGACGGAGCCUACGUCAACAUGCUUACCAACAGCGAGAAUCAGUCCAUGUUGAUCACCGGUGAGUCGGGAGCCGGGAAGACCGAGAACACGAAGAAGGUAAUCGCGUACUUCGCCACCGUCGGCGCCUCGACCAAGAAAGCGGACGAUCCAACCCAAAAGAAAGGCUCUCUGGAGGAUCAGGUCGUUCAAACAAAUCCUGUACUGGAGGCGUUCGGCAACGCCAAGACCGUCCGUAACGACAACUCUUCGCGUUUCGGUAAAUUCAUCCGUAUCCACUUUGGACCGUCUGGAAAAUUGGCCGGUGCCGAUAUCGAGACAUAUCUGCUGGAGAAGGCUCGUGUCAUCUCGCAACAGGCUCUGGAACGCUCUUAUCACAUUUUCUACCAAAUGAUGUCGGGCUCGGUUCCUGGAUUAAAGGAAAUGUGCUGCCUCACGAACGACAUCCACGACUACGUGUUCGUCUCUCAGGGCAAGACAACGAUACCAAAUGUUGACGACGGCGAGGAGUGUACUUUGACAGACCAAGCCUUCGACGUGUUGGGUUUCACCCAAGAGGAGAAGAACGACAUCUACAAGAUCACCGCCGCUGUGAUGCACAUGGGUGGUAUGAAGUUCAAGCAAAGGGGUCGAGAGGAGCAGGCCGAGGCCGAUGGCACAGAGGAAGGUGAACGCGUGGCCAAAUUGUUGGGUUGCGACUGUGCCGAUCUUUACAAGAACUUGUUGAAACCAAGGAUCAAGGUCGGUAACGAGUUCGUCACCCAGGGUCGUAACAAGGAUCAGGUCGCUUAUUCGGUGGGCGCCAUGUCGAAAGCAAUGUUCGACAGGUUGUUCAAAUGGUUGGUGAAAAAAUGUAACGAGACUUUGGACACGAAGCAAAAGAGGCAACACUUCAUCGGUGUACUGGAUAUUGCCGGUUUUGAGAUCUUCGAUUUCAACAGCUUCGAGCAACUGUGCAUCAACUUCACCAAUGAGAAGCUUCAACAAUUCUUCAAUCAUCACAUGUUCGUCCUCGAACAAGAGGAAUAUACAAAGGAGGGCAUUCACUGGGAAUUCAUAGACUUUGGCAUGGAUCUCCUCGCGUGUAUCGAAUUGAUCGAGAAGCCUAUGGGUAUCCUGUCGAUUCUUGAAGAAGAAUCUAUGUUCCCGAAAGCGACGGACAAAACGUUUGAGGAGAAGCUGAACAACAAUCACCUUGGCAAGAGUCCUAAUUACUUGAAACCGAAACCACCGAAACCUGGUCAGCAACCGGCUCACUUCGCUAUCGGCCAUUACGCCGGAAACGUACCUUACAAUAUCACGGGUUGGCUGGAGAAGAACAAGGAUCCGUUGAACGACACGGUGGUCGACCAGUUCAAGAAAUCCGGGAACAAACUGUUGGUGGAGAUAUUCGCCGAUCAUCCCGGUCAGUCGGGCGAUGCUGGUGGCGGUGGCGGCAAAGGUGGACGCGGCAAGAAGGGCGGUGGCUUCUCCACGGUCUCUUCGUCCUAUAGGGAACAAUUGAACAAUCUGAUGACCACCCUCAGAGCCACCCAGCCCCACUUCGUCCGUUGCAUCAUCCCCAACGAGAUGAAGCAACCGGGUGUCAUAGAUUCUCACCUUGUCAUGCAUCAAUUGACUUGUAACGGUGUACUUGAAGGCAUUCGUAUUUGUCGUAAAGGAUUCCCCAACAGGAUGGUCUAUCCUGACUUCAAAUUACGGUACAAGAUUCUUGCACCGGCGGCGGUCGACAAGGUGGCUUCCGACCCGAAGAAGGCUGCUGAGGCGAUUUUGGAAUCGACCGGUCUUGAUCCCGAUCAGUAUCGUCUUGGACACACCAAGGUAUUCUUCCGUGCCGGAGUGUUGGGUCAGAUGGAAGAGUUCCGUGACGAACGAUUGAGCAAAAUCGUGUCCUGGAUGCAAGCCUACAUCAGAGGUUACCUGUCGAGGAAGGAUUACAAGAAGCUGCAGGAGCAACGUUUGGCUUUGGUCGUGGUGCAAAGAAAUUUGAGGAAGUAUCUGCAAAUUCGUACUUGGCCGUGGUGGAAGUUGUGGCAGAAAGUUAAACCUCUCCUCAACGCAACUCGUAUCGAGGACGAGCUUGCCGCGCUCGAGGAGAAGGCGAGGAAGACCCAGGAGGCGCUCGAGAAGGAGGAGAAGCUGCGCAAGGAGCUCGAGGAGCAGAACAGUAAACUCGUGACGGAGAGGGAUGCCUUGCAACGGCAAUUGGACGGGGAGAAGGGCUCCCUGUCGGAAUAUAUGGAGAAAUCGUUGAAAUUGGCCGCUCAGAAGGCCGAUCUCGAGUCGCAACUUCAGGAUCUGAACGACAGAUUCAAAGAAGAGGAGGAUACGAGGAACAAUCUGUUCCAAAAUAAGAAGAAAUUGGAACAGGAAGUGGCGGGCCUGAAGAAAGAUAUCGAGGAUUUGGAACUUAACCUGCAAAAGUCUGAGCAGGACAAGGCGACCAAGGAUCAUCAGAUCCGUAACUUGAACGACGAGAUCGCUCAUCAGGACGAGUUGAUCAACAAAUUGAACAAGGAGAAGAAGAAUCAGGGCGAGGUUAAUCAAAAGACCGCCGAAGAGCUUCAAGCUGCCGAGGACAAGGUCAAUCACUUGAACAAAGUGAAGAUCAAAUUGGAACACACUUUGGACGAAUUGGAAGAUUCAUUGGAACGUGAAAAGAAAUCACGGGCCGACGUAGAGAAGGCGAAGCGAAAGGUGGAAGGUGACUUGAAACUUACUCAGGAAGCUGUCGCGGAUCUCGAAAGGAACAAGAAGGAACUCGAGCAGACCAUACAACGCAAGGACAAAGAAUUGUCGUCGUUGACGGCGAAACUCGAGGAUGAACAGUCGUUGGUGGGCAAACUGCAGAAACAGAUCAAGGAGUUGCAGGCCCGUAUCGAGGAAUUGGAGGAAGAGAUCGAAGCUGAACGCGGCUCGCGAGUGAAAGCCGAGAAACAGCGCAGCGACUUGGCGCGGGAACUCGAGGAACUAGGCGAACGUUUGGAGGAAGCUGGUGGCGCCACGUCCGCCCAAAUCGAGCUCAACAAGAAGAGAGAGGCCGAGCUUAGCAAACUUCGCAGAGACCUCGAGGAGGCCAACAUCCAACACGAAACAACUCUGGCCAAUUUGCGCAAGAAGCACAACGAUGCCGUUGCCGAGAUGGGAGAGCAAAUCGACACGCUCAACAAAUUGAAAGCUAGGGUUGAAAAGGACAAGGUCCAAUACUUCAGCGAAUUAAACGACAUGCGCGCAUCGGUAGACCAACUGAGCAACGAAAAGGCCGCCCAAGAGAAGAUCGUGAAACAAUUGCAACACCAAUUGAACGAGACCCAGGGUAAAUUGGAGGAGGUGAACCGCACGUUGAACGAUUUCGAUGCAGCGAAGAAGAAACUGUCGAUCGAGAACAGCGAUCUGUUGAGGCAAUUGGAGGAGGCCGAGUCGCAGGUGAACCAAUUGUCGAAGAUCAAGAUAUCGCUGACUACCCAGCUCGAGGACACGAAACGAUUGGCGGACGAGGAGUCGAGGGAGAGGGCGACCCUGCUCGGCAAGUUCCGCAACCUGGAGCACGACUUGGACAACAUUCGGGAACAGGUGGAGGAGGAGGCGGAGGGCAAGGCCGAUCUCCAGAGGCAGUUGAGCAAGGCGAACGCCGAGGCCCAACUGUGGCGCACCAAGUACGAGUCGGAGGGCGUCGCGAGGGCGGAGGAAUUGGAGGAGGCGAAGAGGAAGCUGCAGGCGCGGCUGGCCGAGGCGGAGGAGACGAUCGAGUCGUUGAACCAGAAGGUUCUCGCGUUGGAGAAGACGAAGCAGAGAUUGUCGACCGAGGUGGAGGAUCUGCAGAUCGAGGUGGACCGCGCGACGGCGAUCGCGAACGCCGCGGAGAAGAAGCAGAAGGCGUUCGACAAGAUCAUCGGCGAGUGGAAGCUCAAAGUGGACGACUUGGCGGCGGAAUUGGACGCCAGCCAAAAGGAAUGCCGCAAUUACAGCACGGAAUUGUUCAGGCUCAGAGGCGCCUACGAGGAAGGGCAGGAACAGUUGGAGGCGGUGCGCCGCGAGAACAAGAAUCUGGCCGACGAGGUGAAGGAUCUGUUGGACCAGAUCGGCGAGGGAGGGCGAAACAUUCACGAGAUCGAGAAGGCGAGAAAGCGGCUGGAGGCUGAGAAGGACGAGCUCCAGGCGGCCCUCGAGGAAGCGGAGGCAGCUUUGGAACAGGAGGAGAACAAAGUGUUGCGCAGCCAACUCGAGCUGAGCCAAGUGAGACAAGAGAUCGACCGCCGCAUCCAGGAGAAGGAGGAGGAGUUCGAGAACACGAGGAAGAAUCACCAACGCGCCCUCGAUUCUAUGCAAGCGUCGCUAGAAGCCGAGGCCAAGGGUAAAGCCGAGGCGUUGCGCAUGAAGAAGAAACUGGAGGCGGACAUCAACGAGUUGGAGAUCGCUCUGGAUCACGCGAACAAGGCGAACGCCGAGGCUCAGAAGAACAUAAAGAGAUACCAGCAGCAGUUGAAGGAUGUCCAGACGGCGCUGGAGGAGGAGCAGAGGGCGCGCGACGAGGCGAGGGAACUGCUAGGAAUUUCGGAACGCCGGGCGAACGCCCUCCAGAACGAGCUCGAGGAGAGCCGCACCCUUCUCGAGCAAGCGGACCGCGGCCGCCGCCAGGCCGAGCAAGAGCUGGCCGACUGCCACGAGCAGUUGAACGAAUUGGGCGCCCAGAACGCCUCCAUCUCCGCCGCCAAGAGGAAACUCGAGGCCGAACUUCAAACCCUUCACUCCGAUUUGGACGAGUUGUUGAACGAGGCGAAGAACUCUGAGGAGAAAGCGAAGAAGGCGAUGGUGGACGCCGCGAGAUUGGCGGACGAGCUUCGAGCCGAGCAGGAUCACGCCCAGACCCAGGAGAAACUUCGCAAAGCGCUCGAGACCCAGAUCAAGGAGCUCCAGGUGCGUUUGGACGAGGCCGAGGCGAACGCUUUGAAGGGCGGCAAGAAGGCGAUCCAGAAAUUGGAGCAACGCGUCCGCGAAUUGGAGAACGAACUCGACGGAGAGCAGAGGAGACACGCCGAUGCCCAGAAGAAUCUCCGCAAAUCCGAACGUCGCAUCAAGGAGCUUAGCUUCCAGGCCGACGAAGAUCGCAAGAACCACGAGCGUAUGCAAGAUUUGGUCGACAAGCUGCAGCAGAAGAUCAAGACGUACAAGAGGCAGAUCGAGGAAGCGGAAGAGAUCGCCGCUCUGAAUCUCGCGAAAUUCCGCAAAGCGCAACAGGAGCUGGAGGAGGCGGAGGAAAGGGCGGACCUUGCCGAGCAGGCGAUCACCAAGUUCCGUACCAAGGGACGCGGAGGAAGUGCCGCGCGUGGACUGAGCCCAGCGCCCCAACAGAAGGCCCGUAAGGCGCCCUCCGCAUUGGAGUAAAGAGCAUCGCGCCGGUCCAUCCUCAUCGACCUGCGUUCAAACCCCAAUUGGAUGGUUCCGCAUUCCCGCCACGCUUCGACCUGCAGCCCGAUGGUGAACUGUAAAAAUCUCUAUCUGCGACCAAAUAUUGUAUUUUUGUUAGAAAACACAUUAUCGCAACAGCUUAACGAACGAAGGAAAUUAAUCGCAAUCGGCGAACUUUCAUCGUGUCUCAUCUCAUUCGAAUAACUCAUCCCAUUAUCUUCAUUACCUACGCAUACCUUGUUGUUCGCGUUGUUCGGAAUAGAAUACGGAAAAAAGAAUGUCGUCGCGAUGCCGCCCACGCUUGGUCACCUUGCCAGUUUCGAGAAAUAAAAGAAGAAAAAAGAUAGAAAGAAAGAAAGAAAGAAAGAGACGGUAUAUAAAAAAAUAUUUUUGCUCGUUUUAAACGUUUUUAGCGUAUAUAUAUAUAUAUAAUAUAUAUAUUUAUUUAUAUACGAUGUAUAUGCAAGCAAGUACUAUUAAUUAAGAAGAUCGAUAUUGUUGAAAAGAAGAAGAAAAAAAGAUGGGUGGUGAUAUAAGUGGAGGAGGAGGAGGAGGAGAAAUGACUUCACCACUCGCGCUGACGGUCGAGGAACGAGAGAAUGAAAGAAAAGAGUGAGUGGGAGAGCAAGAGAAAGAAAGAGAGAGAGAGGAGAAAGAUACGAGCGGCCGAAAUGCAACGCGAUUGAUCGAAAGUCGAAAAAAACACGUUAACACGUUGUAAUACGUGGCAUACUGGCAUACGCGCGUAUCAAGCGGACGAAUCGAUAAAUGGAAAUGAUAUACGCGUUAAAAAAUAAACGGAACGCGAGAUUAUUAGAAAAAAGAAAAAGAAAAAAAAGAUGAUAAAAAAAAAAUUUAACGCUAGUCACGGAUUUGAACGGCAGCGCGCAAUUAUUAUUAUUAUAAUACGUGUCAUCGAAAUGAUAAUCCUAUCCUAUAAACUUAAUUGUAAUUUAUAAAGAGAGCCGAAGUAUGUAUUUAUUAAUAAAUAAAUAAGCAAUAAAUAAAAUUAAGAACGAAAA